AUGCAUCUCAUGUACUCGCUCGACGAGGCAGGCAACAGGAGGUACACGCUCAAGAAACGGACAGACGCCGGAAAGCUCACACGAUCUGCUCAUCCUGCUCGAUUCUCGCCAGAUGACAAGUGCGUUCUCUCGACACCGAGUGACGAUCAAGAAGAGGCACAACGUCUUGCUCACCCAAUUGCCUGCAAAACCUCUCUAGUCAAGCCCGGCAAGAACAAGCAGCGCAAAGAGGAGGUAGGCAAAGUGCAUGCAGAUGCAUUGUAG